CCAAGUCUGAAAAAUUAUAUUGAAGGACUAAACAACUAUAUAUACAUAAAACCAUAUGCUCUCAAAACCCUAAAUCCGCAUUCUCCUAAUUAAAUUCAUUUUUUCUGUAAAAAAUCUGUAGCAUGAGUCACUACAACCAUCAAAAUCAGGCUCCAGCGGUAUAUCCACCACCCCCCAUCUCAUACCCUCCGCCGCCUGCCGGCGCAUACCAAGGGUAUCUGCCUCCGUCGUAUCCGCCACCACCACAAAUUCAUCAAGGAUACAAUACUAGUACUCAAGGCGGUCCAUAUGUUGUUGUUGCACCACCAGUUGCUUACCCUAUGAAAAAUGAUGGUCCUGGAGCUGGAUACCCCCAACAGCCAGCUCCCUAUCAGCAGCACCAACAGCCACCUCCCUAUCAGCAGCAGCAACAGCCAGCUCCCUAUCAGCAGCAGCAACAGCCACCUCCCUAUCAGCAGCAGCAACAGUCACUUCCCUAUCAGCAGCAGCAACAGCCACCAAAAUCUCAUCGCCAUCACAGAGGUGGUGGAUUUUGGGCCGGAUGUUGUUCUGCCAUGUUUUGCUGCUGUCUCUGCGAUUUAUGCUGCUUGCCCUGCUCAAUCUUUUAAUUUUUUAGAAGAUCAUCCGUCGUGCGUGCACCGACCGGCCGGUCUCUCAAAUCUCAAUAAUCUUUCCUUAAUUCUGUCUAUGCUAGCUGAUUUCCAUACAGUGAAGAUUCAUCCUCUUAUGUGUAAAGUUUUGUAAUAUAUAAUGGCACACGAUUUUUGACACACAUUUUAUGUACUUCGUAAUAUAUUUCAACGAUUUCAACCACGA